UACGACUAAAGAAUUCAAGAACUAAGGAACUAAAAUACUGAAAAUCAAAGAACUUUACAGCUAAAGAACUGAAGAAACUGAAGGGAAAAGGAACUUAAAGAACUAAAGAGUUGAAGAAAAGUAAGGGUGACUAAAAAACUCAUAUUUCAUAAAAAGCAAAUAAAUAGCUGCUUGCUUGUAUUUUGUUUUUUUCAAAGGACACCAGGUUCUCAAUGUAUUUUUAGCAUAUGCCAUUUGUUCGAGAAUAUUUCCAAAAGAAAACAUGUACUAGAUUUAUUAUAAAGGUAACUUCAAACUUUGCUGGCGACAGAUGCUGCUAAAAAUGCCAAGUCAGGACGCUGUUGUUUGCCAAUUAUGAUAUAAGGGGAAAGAAAGCCUGGUAAAUCCGCGUAGAGAAAAGAUGCAUUCAUUGCUUUGAAAGAAAUUGCUAGAAAGUUUAAUGCAGAAUUAUGAGGCUGUGUACAGUGACCUUUGUCAAAAAGGUACACGUUUCAAGCAGCAAAAGCGUGCUAAAGUGUAUCUGGAAGAAGAUAAGGCAUAAUUCAGCGGAGGUUUGUGACUGAUGCGGUGGACUAAGGUGUUGUUGUGGUUGUCGUUGCUUGGUUAUCAUUGUUGUGGUGGUUGUUAUUUCUGCUGUUGAUCACGACAGUGCAGAUGACGAUUUCGCGCUGUAACUGCACAAAAAGACAUUAGAACAUCAUAAAUAUUGCAUUCCGCGGCCGUAUACUGCACGCAAAUUGGACAAUGAUUCGCAACAAAGAAUCUCUAUCAUAAACAUGAUGAAGGGCAAUUAGCUGCACGUUUGGGAAGAAUAUGCCACAUGAACCAACCUUAGCCUUUUCUUUGUCUUCAACCGAAAUGCUGAUAUAAAAAAGUACAAUAACCUAACAGCAACGUUUGCCAGAUCAAUUAGGUCACAUACAGUCAGCAGUUUUUAGGGCUCAGUGUACGAACAUGAGGUAAUCAGCAGUCGCAACAUCAAAACAAAGGCAAGAUAUUUCCUGCUUUGGUGAAUUUGUCUUGUCUUGUGGAGUGACGAUGCGAUCUUUGAUGAAUAUGUAAGAUUCAAAAACGCUUGAGUUAGCUAUCGUCAUAUUACGACGAAUUUCGAUCCCAAAUAGAAAUCAGAAGCGGAGGAGCGUGCUUUUGAAUAUCAGAUCACAAUGAAGAAGAAAGCCGUCAUUUUGUUGCUACUGAUAAAAUUUGGACUUACCUUAGCUAUAAACAUAACCAGACCAGCCAAAUCGGGAGAGAGAGACUCUUUUGCAAAUCCAAACUGCGACUGGAAGAACUGUGCCAAGUAUUCAUCGACAUGCCAGACAACGAAAUGUUGCCAGUGUACAUGUGACACGGGAAAAACUUAUGUGACACUGAAUAGCACUUGCGUGGCUGAAAACAAUAUAGCAAAGGACUGCAGCUUUAUGGCACAAAUAAGUGAGAAUGCCCCAUGGAGCUUGGUCCAAAUUACGGCUACAUCGUUGAAAGAUUUGAGCAGUGGGUUAAGAAUGUUUCAUUGCACCAAAUCUGGAUGUCAAAAAGCGGAAAAUUGCAGAAUAUCCAACGUGGAAUAUGAGAGGAAUGGAUGGAAGGAGUUGCAAUCCAACAAUAACAGCCAACUGGCCUUCGAAAAUAACAUGCUAACGGUAAACGGAAAAGAGUGUUUUAACGAAAGAUUCAAGGGUCUUCUGUUGUAUCUAAAGCUCCAGUGCAACGUGAACAAGCAAGCAGCUCAAAGCGUCAAAGAAGAAUCGUGCAUGGUUAUUAAAGUCGCUGGAACAUACAUAAUUGGCACAGUUCCGGACCCAUCUGCACAAAAGUGCCAAGAGAUCAUUACCUCCCAUGUUCAACCAACGGUCACUAGCGGCUAUCCCCUGGGACCAACUCUCUUCAACACAAGCCUGUCCACAUUUAGGUUGCUUAGUUCGACUUUGCCACAUCACGAAUCAAUCACAACGAUGACCUCAAGUGUUUUUGCAAUGUCGGCUGAAAAUAGCAAUGUUAUCGUGAAAACAAGCGUGGUCCUUGGAUCUACAAGGGUCGACAGAGGCACUCUUCAUGCCUUUACCAGGACGCCUUUAUUAACAACCUCGCAACGACAAACAGAAGGCACAAAUACUGUUUUCAAAGAUAUCUCUAGAAGCGUGACAUACGCAAGCUCAGCUUUGCCACAAAGCAGCAUAGUUUUGCCUAUAGAGAAUUCGAAAAGAGGUUACUCAGAGACUGAAGCUGAUGCGGCUCAGGGUAAAUAUCUUAUCAUAUCAAGUGUGAUUGCUGGCACUGCAUUCUGCUGCAUCCUGGCAUUGGUGAUUACAUUACUGGUAUUGAGAAGGAAAAAGAACAAAAUUCGCGAGGCACAUAGAAAUGCAAUGGCUCAAAGAAUGUCAGUUGAUCAAUAUAUACUAAAGAAUAAAGGGUUCAGGGCUGGCAUUAGCCCACACCGCACCCCACCCCCCUUGCCACCGAUUGUCAAGCUACGGAGCUUUGAACCCCGCCAGAGAGAUACGAUAUACAGCACAAAGCGAGACAGAAUCAGCUUGACUGAUAUCUGGAGACCUAAUCCUGAAGCUGAAACAGAUGACGAGUAUGACAUUCCAGCAGAGAUAACAGACAUUCACCGAUCAUUCAGUGCCUUGUAUGCAAAAGUCGACAAAAGAAACAUUCGGGAAAACCAAGAGGGAAGCAGCUGCACUAGCAUGGAUAGCGAGGAAUCUGACAAAACAAAGGAUUCCAUUAUUCAUCUGAACAUUUAUGAUGAACCAGAAAUGACUGAGGAAAGAAAUAUGGAAACAAACACCAGAAACAUUUCUGAUUCUGAAUUUCAAAAAUACCUUCGCACAUCAAGGAAGUAUUGAAAUUCCAGAUGCUGCUGUGCUCUGAGCUGUGCAUAGAUUGUAAAAUUUUAGCAAGAAAAAUUAGGUACGAAAAUCCAAUCUGAGAUUAUGUCAAAAUAUGGCUGAAGAAUAGAUACAGGCUUCAUUACUAAAGAAAGUCAUACCUUAUUGAUUCAAUUACAAGUCACAGCAAAUUGGGUUCAUAAAAAAUGUAAGCAGAGAUACUUGGCUUGAAAUGAUGGUUGCAUAAACUGAUAAAAAUCUGAUUGUGUACUAAAAAUUAAAAGUUCAUCCAACAACAUCGUCCAGCAUGACAUCCUCAAUAGCACCCAAAGUAUUUCUUCCUCCUCUUCUACAUUAUUACUCCCAGCUUCAAGAUAGAUGGAAAGAUUUGUAGAAUCUGGCGAAAAUCAUGUAUUAAGCCACGCUCAUUUAUAAGUUAUCCUUGAUUCUAGACUGCAGCAAAACAUGCCAAAAAAUAAUUUCAAGCAGUGGCUUAUAAUCAAAUAAAUCAGUAGUUGACACAACAACAGCUUAAGUUAUAUUAUUUAGAUGCUGAUUCAAGUAAAAACUGAAUUUGGGGUCAAUGAAAUUGAACAACUUCUAAUAGAAUUUUUUACUUUUCCAUGAAAGUGAAAGAGAAUUUUCCCUUGUCAAAUCUAGCUAGUGGAUAAACAAAGUCAAGUCAAGACAAGUCUUAACUGAUGGGAGAUCUUGGGACCAUUUUUUCAGGACUGCUAAACCUUACAAUGAAGAACCUUUGCAUGCAACCCUUAGCUGUGUUUCAAAUAUAUUCUUUACAUUUCAGUCACCCAAGAAAAAUUGCUAGACCUGAAAUAUUCUCGACCGAAGGAAAAUUAGCUUUUAGAUGACCCAACAGUGACCUAAACAAGUUUAGGUGACCUAAACUUGAAAAAUAUCAUGUCAAAGUUUUUUCAAAUAUUCCCCUUUUCUAAGUACUAUUCAAACCAGGCCUGGUCAUAAGAAUUUUAGCAUGGGGAAUAGCAAAAAGCUCUCCUAAUAAAUUCCAGGUGAGCUGUUGUAGAUGUAUAAAAAUAGAAAUAAAGGAAACUUAUUUUUAAGGAGGGCAACAAAAUUUUUGAACAGUUUAGGAGAGCAAUCAAUAGUUCCCCUCAAGCAUCUGAGGGGAGCCUUGAGGGGAGUCUUGAGGGGAGCAAGAGCUAUGGCUCUCCUCAAAUGGCCAGGUCUGAUUCAAGCAAUAAGCACAUUAUCAUCUACAGAAGAAUCCUGAACCAAACAUUACUCUUUUGAGCAGUAGCAUAGUUGCCAGCUACUCAAUACUGUUGUAGUAAAUAUGCUGUUUAAUUAAAUAUUGACAAUUUAGUUCAAAUAAUACUCUAUAACUAAGGGUAAUAAACAUCUGCAUUGUUACAUCUUACAUUAUUCUAGUGGUCCUUACUAUAUGGUAUGGCAUUGAUAUUAGUUGUAACAUUUGCUUUCAAGCACAACAUAGAUCCACCACUAAUAUGCUUCGGCACUACUGCCCAUUUUAGAAUGGGGCCCUUGACACCACAAAUCUGUUGUGGAAAGAAAUUUAAACAAUUCUGACCCCUGUGUAGUAAGAAGCUGGUAAAAAGAGACUCAAUAGUUUUGAGUUAUGGUGUUACAGUAGACUUUUAAGAAUCAGCUGGACUGAGGAGAUAACUAAUGAAGGUGUUUUAAAGCAAAAUCAAUUGUGAAACCAGACUGCUGACAUCAAGAUAUUCUGAGAUAUUCUGACAAAAACUGUUUAUAACAAACAAGGACAAGGAAGACCAAAAACUAGGUUUGCUGACAACAUCAAAGAGAAUAUGGGUGCAAGAGGUUUUGCUGAAAUCUGCAGGAACCUUCUGUUAUUUGUUGAUGAUGUAUUUUUUCUUUUUGAAAAGGUUCUUGGUAACUAGUAGUGUAUAAGGAACACCGCAAUGCGAUGAGAAAAAACAACAACAAACACACAAAUAUCAGUGAUGGCAACUAGUUGGUGAAUUUCUAGAGUAGCAUUUGUUAUGUCAUAAAUGUGCUCAUCUAAGGGGGUACCUCUUCUGAGAGCCUCCUCUUCUGAUAUAUGUUGUGGAUUUCAUCAUUUGAACAGAACAGUUUCAUGCAAAUGAAUCAUGGCUGAUGUAACAAUCCUAAUCAAACUUAAACAUAUAAUUAUCUCAAAAAACAGAUUAAACUAUUAAAGAGACAUACUUUCCCAAACACAGCCUUUGG